AUGGCUCCGUCUUAUCUAUCAGAUUUCUCAACUCCCAGUAUCAUCGGCAUAGCGGCCUUCUGCUUACUAUCGUCCUGGUGGCUCAGCACAACCUUUUUAGCAUGGUAUCGCCUCCGCCACGUUCCAGGCCCCUGGUUCGCAGGACUCAGCUACAUAUGGAUCGGCCGGACUGCCUACAGUGGUAAACAACAUCAUGUAUUCGUCGCUCUCGACGAGAAAUACGGCUCACUUGUCAGGAUUGGCCCAGAAGUGCUGCUCACUUCAGAUGUUGAGCUCGUCAAGCGCAUGUCGGCGACUAAGAGUUCGUAUGGCAAAUCGUCUUGGGUCGAUGGUGUGCGUUUCAAUCCGUAUCAUGAGACUAUGUUUGCAGUGAGAGAUCCACGGCAGCAUGAUCGUGCAAAGGCGAGGCUUGCGCCUGCGUAUAGUGGUCGUGACACGCCUAAUCUCGAAGGAGCAGUCGAUCAGCAGGUCGAUAAUCUCAUAUCCUUGAUUCGCCGCCGUUAUCUCUCAGAGCCCGCGUCUGGUGUCUUUCGUACCUUGCCACUCCUCAACGUCUUGUCGUACUUUACGCUGGACGUCAUUUCCAAGGUCGCGCUUGGUACGGAAUUUGGUUGCUGCGCUUCUGACUCGGAUCCGUAUAGGUUCUAUGAGGGGCUGGAUGAGCAUAUGCCCUUGAUGGCGCUAACGAGCGAUGUACCGUGGAUCAGAGCCAUAAUGUACUCCACCACAUUCCUCAAGUACUUUGGACCACGCGAGACUGAUGAUCACGGAAUUGGCCCACUGAUGAAGGUUACAAAUGACAAUGUCCGACAGCGCUACAGUGAAGACCAGACAGAGAAGACGGAUAUGCUUAGCUCCUUCAAAGUCCACGGCCUAUCAGAAGGUAACGCCCAGUCCGAGACGCUCUUCAUGUUUGUCGCAGGGUCCGACACCACAGCUGCAGCAAUCCGGAUGACUCUAUUCUACCUCAUGUCGUCUCCCCGCGUUUAUUGGAAGCUCAAGGAAGAGAUUUGGGGUGCUAUACGUGAUGGAAGAGCUUCAAGUCCAAUUACUGCUGCUCAAGCACGCGAAUUGCCUUAUCUUCAAGCAGUGAUUUAUGAAGGACUUCGCAUGCGACCAGUGACAACAGGGCAGCAAGCAAAAGAGGUACCAGCUGGAGGAGACACCAUCAACGGAUACUUCAUCCCUGGCGGCACAUCGAUCGCCAUCAAUUUCUCCGCUAUCUUAGGAUCAAAAGCUCUGUUUGGCCCUGACGCCGACGUCUUCCGACCAGAGCGUUUUAUCGGUCUUUCAGCCUCCGAUCUGGCUGAGAUGCGCCGCAACGUUGAAAUGAACUUUGGUCACGGCCGGUGGAUGUGUGCCGGAAAACCGUUGGCGUUUAUGGAGUUGCAAAAAGUGUACUUUGAGGUUUGCUCCCCCACAGAGUUCAUCCCAGAACCUCUGAGUCCGAUACGAUCCGAGAGUUACGCCUUGUUUCGCGAUUUUGGGCUCAAGGUGCGUGCUACGGUGGCAGAAGACAUGGAAUAA